GGGGGCGGGCCGGGCGUUUGGCGAGGGCCGGGGGUCCCGGGCUGGGUGCGGGGGGUCGCCCCGCGGGCGCUCCGGUUCCUCUCGGGUGGUGACCUUGGCCCCCGAGCUCGCGGGGACGCGCCGGAAGGGAAGUGCGCAGCGGCGGCGACCGCGGCCUCCUCAGGGGAUGCGCCCCGCCGCGCCGGAUUCGGGGUGAUCGUCCGCCUCAGCCUCAGCCGCGACGGUUCCCGGGGCUGCGGGACCGCGACGUCCGCGCCCGCCGCCCAGUGCCGGCCGCCUGGUGGUGGCGGCGUCGGCGUGAGCGGCUGCGAUCCGCGAUCCGCGAUCCGCGAGCCCUGGAGAUCCAGAGUGUUUGUGAUUUCACCUAUUUUUGCUGAACUUAUGAAAGAGGUUCCUGAAUGAUGGAUUAAUAAGAACACUGCAAUUCCGUGACACAUUUCAAGUUAAAAGUUACUGAAUUUUCACCCUAGUCCAGCAGCAUUGCUGCUCACUUAAAUACAGAUGAAUGAAGACCCCAUUCGGGAAGACCCCUGGCCAGCGGUCCAGAGCUGAUGCAGGCCAUGCUGGUGUGUCUGCAAGUAUGAUGAAGAAAAGGACAUCCCACAAAAAACAUCGGAGCAGUGUGGGGCCGAGCAAACCUGUUUCCCAGCCCCGGCGGAACAUCGUAGGCUGCAGGAUUCAGCAUGGGUGGAAAGAGGGAAAUGGCCCUGUUACCCAAUGGAAAGGAACCGUUCUGGACCAGGUGCCUGUAAAUCCUUCUUUAUAUCUUAUAAAAUACGAUGGAUUUGACUGUGUUUAUGGACUAGAACUUAAUAAAGAUGAAAGAGUUUCUGCGCUUGAAGUCCUCCCUGAUAGAGUCGCAACAUCUCGAAUCAGUGAUGCACACCUAGCGGACACAAUGAUUGGCAAAGCUGUGGAGCACAUGUUUGAGACAGAAGAUGGUUCUAAAGACGAGUGGAGGGGAAUGGUGUUGGCACGCGCACCAAUAAUGAACACGUGGUUUUACAUUACCUACGAGAAAGAUCCCGUCUUGUACAUGUACCAGCUUUUAGAUGACUAUAAAGAAGGCGACCUUCGCAUUAUGCCUGACUCUAAUGAUUCACCUCCAGCAGAAAGGGAACCAGGAGAAGUUGUGGACAGCCUGGUAGGCAAACAAGUGGAAUAUGCCAAAGAAGACGGCUCUAAAAGGACUGGCAUGGUCAUCCAUCAAGUGGAAGCCAAACCGUCUGUCUAUUUCAUCAAGUUUGAUGAUGAUUUCCAUAUCUAUGUCUACGAUUUGGUGAAAACAUCCUAGAUGUCAUCAUGAACUUUGCCAAAUUUGUGGAACUAUUAAAUGUAUAAUUUGUAGACAUAAA